AUCACAGUAAAAAGUCUAUUAAAAGCACCGAACCUCGCUGUCCGCUGCGAUUAUCCAGCUUCCAAGAGAGUGAGAGAGAGAGAGAGAGAGAGAGAAGCAAAGCAAAGCACAGAAAUAGCAGAGCAAUACAAGAAUCUGAUCUUCAUAAUUAAGAGCAGCAAUGACUGACGAAAUUCCUGUUGAUGUGAAGGACGAAGUGGCAGAACUUGCCCCGUUCGAUCCUACCAAAAAAAAGAAGAAGAAGAAAGUGGUUAUUCAAGAUCCUGCUACUGAUGAUUCUGUGGAUAAGUUGGCUGAGAAAACAGAAAGUUUAUCUGUGUCUGAUGGACUUGAAAGUACUUUUUCUGGCAUGAAGAAAAAGAAGAAGAAACCUGUGGAAACUGAUGCAUUGAUUGAUGAAAUUGGGGACACAGGAGAAGAUUUGCAUGACCACGUAGGUGAGGAUGAAGAAGGAGAAGGGAUUGUGCUUGGACAAAAAUAUCCUUGGGAGGGAAGUGACAGAGAUUAUGAAUAUGAGGAGCUUUUAGGCAGGGUGUUUAACAUCCUACGUGAAAAUAAUCCAGAGCUUGCAGGAGAUAGACGUAGAACGGUGAUGAGGCCACCUCAAGUACUCCGUGAAGGCACAAAAAAGACUGUGUUUGUCAACUUUAUGGAUCUUUGCAAGACAAUGCAUAGGCAGCCAGAGCACGUCAUGAAUUUUCUAUUGGCUGAAAUGGGGACUAGUGGAUCUCUUGAUGGGCAACAACGAUUGGUCAUCAAGGGAAGGUUUGCUCCCAAGAAUUUUGAAGGGAUUCUGAGAAGAUACGUCAAUGAAUAUGUCAUAUGCAAUGGCUGCAAAAGUCCGGACACAAUUCUCUCAAAGGAGAAUCGACUAUUCUUUCUCAGAUGUGAACAGUGUGGUUCUGGACGGUCUGUUGCUCCAAUCAAGGCUGGUUUUGUUGCUCGUGUUGGACGUAGAAAGGCUGGGACAUGAUUAAGCUCUCUUUUUUUUUCCCAUGGCCCCAGUUUCUUGUGAAACAUUUUAAACCGAAGGCCUUGAAACGCAAUUUUAGUGCGGAAUUUGUCUUUCAGCCGAGUUGAGAUUUACAAUUGUAAUGUUUUUUGAGGAAUGGUUUCAAGUCUUGUUAUUUGGUAUUUUGUAUUUGAAUUUUUAGUUUUGCUAUGCCUUUAAGGCUGUGUUUGGUAGCCAAGAGAAAAGAUUUUGUCUUUUUCUUGGUUAAAAAAAUUAUCUUUGUGCUUGGCAUGUCCUAAA